AUGUUUAGGAAGAUCAACAACGCACUCCGUCCCAACAAUGGGCACAGGGCUCGUGAUGGCAGUCCGCGGUCCGAGCAGGACUACCACAGCGCGUGCACCGUCAAGUUGGUGCGGAGCACCUCCAUGCUCGUGGUGGGCCAGAGAAAUCAGUCAUCUGUCAACUCCACACUGAAGCGGAGCAAAAGUUCUGUGAAUGUCGAGUCCACCACCGCCUUGUAUUAUUAUCAGAGGCAGGAGGACCGGAUAUGGCUCUACUCCCAAAAUCAGAACUGCCUGGAGUAUUUGGAAGAGCUGGUGGCGUUGAGACGGCAGUAUACGAGGAGCGUCAACAACUUCAAAAGCAACGAGAUGAAGGCCACAAUCUCCCCCAAGAAGAAGCCUGCGCCUCCCCCACCCAACUCCAAGGACGCACAGAUCAUGAGGACCAAACCGUCUGCCCCUCCAAUCCCCAAUGAGGAGGACACUCUGGACUUCUUUGAUGCUGUCAUCGCGAGCUGUGACCCUGAGCACACGCGCAAGCCCCAUGUAGACGAUGGGCACGCUGACGUUGACUUCAUUGUGGCCACCAGCACCAGUGAGCACGACCUCCACUCCAACUGGGUCAUGAGGGUCCCACGGUGUCCCACAGAUGAGUCCAAGCUGAAGAAGCCGGCCUCAACCAGCAAAAGCAGCAGCACGGCCAAGAAGAACAGCGACCAUGGGACGACGAGCAGCCGACGACACCUACAGAGAAACCCCAUCCACCUGCCCAAAGUGGUGGAGAGCGCUUUCCAGACACUGCGCUUCAAGCCGAAACUCAAAAAAAAGUAGUGGGAACUUGCUUGUCCUGAGUUUCAUAACAAGUACGGGAGUCAACCUGGGGAGGU